AUGUUUCGAGGCGACCCCAGUCAUCUAGUCUUUGAUGCCAUCUUUGAAUCAGGCAACUUGGGAAGUGUUGAGCAACUGAAUGAGGAUGAAUAUGACCUUUUUAUUCGAGAAGAUUUCGGAUCACCCCGUCACAGCCUCUGGUUCUAUUUUACCGUGACUCGAGCCCGUGCUGGACAGGUCGUGCUGUUUAAUGUUCACAAUCUCUGCAAAACCCGCAGUCUCAUCCGCGACGGAAUGGCGCCCGUCGUUCGCAGCAGCAGCAGUGGACAAUGGCAACGCCUGCCAUCCAGCGACUGCUUCUAUCACUCCGACUGCGAGGAGCGAAAACACUACGUCUGCAGUUUUCUUUUGGCCUUUGAGGGUCCAGAGGUCAUCUAUGAGAUCGCUUACUGCUAUCCGUAUUCACUCACGGAUCUUAAGCUCUUUCUCAGCACCUUGCCUCAAAGCCGUGGACGCGACGUGCCCCUUCUCACCAUAUCCCAACCGCAUAACCUCAAAAGAUAUCGAGCCGGCGAGCAGAUGCCUGGCUUGAUCAUCUCGGCCCGUGUCCACCCUGGAGAAACGCCAUCAUCCUACCUCUGUGAAGGAUUGCUUCGCUUCCUAGUGUCCUCAGACCCACAUGCCGAAGAACUACUCGAAAAGUUUGUCAUCCAGGUCAUACCUAUGCUCAAUCCAGACGGCGUGGUCAUGGGGCAAUAUCGCUGCAAUGCAAAGGGCUUCGACUUGAACCGUUGCUGGCGAAUGCCCACUGUCUCAGCUCAGCCAAUUGUUCACGCUGUCAAGCGCCUGCUCUUCACGGUAUCUGCAUCUAUGUUGCGAUGUACUCGAGCUUUCAAUGUUUGA